AGGCAAAUUUAACCGGCAGUUAUAUAUAGGUCUCCAUCUCAAUAUUCCGGAAGUUAUGCUAAAGUAAUGGGCGAGUUACCCGGCAGUUCAGUCAGAGUGCCGGCUAUAUGUUCCGGCAGUUUAGUUUGGGUGCCGGAUGUCCUUUCCGGCGGUCUAGUUUGGGUGCCGGAAUAAUCUUCCGGCAGUUCUUUUAAUGUACCGGGUAGGAUAAGGUUCGUUCUUUGUUUAUUCGUUCUACAAUAUGAUUUGACCAAAAUAAAUCCGACUACGUACCGUAAAAUAGUCGUCCCUGCGUAAUUAAUCAUUGUUGUCCAUCGAUUUGUAGCACAAGGCGACAAUUUAUUUCACAAGCUAUUGAAUUAGAGUAUUAACGUGUUUAUAUAGCUUUUGGGUGGAAAAAAUAUAGAUUUAGAACAAGGGCAUUAUAGAAAUAAUAAUAAUAUUUAAAUAAUUUUAAGUUAUUCUGCAUUUAGUACCCCGUAUAUAAAAGGGUCACUAGAAAUGAUUCGGGCUUUGAGUUUACGCUAAUACAAGUGUGAGCAAGAAUAAUCCCUCUUUUAUAAGUUAAAACCCUCAUUAUUGAGAUAUUCACGCUUAUUAUUUUGAACCCUAAUUCUCCUCUUGGAAUUCAUUCCUAAUACCACCAAUGGAAAUAAACCUUAGAAACAUCAGCCUGAGGCCAUUCAAAACCACAGACGUUGAUGAUUUCAUCAUAUGGGCAGGAGAUGAAGAGGUGACCAAACAACUAGUCACGUGGAAAACCAUAACUUGCAAAGAAGAAGCCUUAACUUUUAUCAAGGAUGUUUGCAUACCACAUCCAUGGAGAAGGUCUAUAUGUAUGGAGGAUGAUCGUUCAAUCGGGAUGGUUUCAAUUUACCCUGGUUUGGGCGACGACAGAUGCCGGGCACAUAUAGGGUACGCUGUGUCAAAGGUGUAUUGGAACAAAGGGAUUGCUUCAAGAGCUUUGAAAAUGGCUAUGCUUCAGGUGGUUAAGGAUUAUCCUGAUUUGGUUAGACUGCAAACUUUGGUUAGUGUUGAAAAUAAGGCUUCUCAAAGGGUUUUGGACAAGUGUGGGUUUGUCAAAGAAGGUUUGUUGAGGAAAUAUAGCUAUCUUAAGGGGGAGAUUAAAGAUGUCUUCAUUUAUGGUAUUUUAUCAACUGAAUUACCUUCCGUUGAUCAAUAAUCAAUAAUCAAUAAUCAAUAAUCAAUAAUCAAUAAUCAAUAAUGAGGGUGUGCUUGUUUUCUAGUUUAUUCUGAGGCCAGAAUGAUUUUCCCAUUUUUCGUUGCUUGUUCCGUUAAGGUCGCAACUUUUUUUUUUUUUUUUUUCUACUACGAGGAGUUCUUAUCUCCUUUGGCUAGUGGAUUAAUCUCCGCAGGAGUUUGCAUGAGUAUCUCGAUGGACAACAUCCCUCCCAAUUGAGGUUUUUUCCAUUCCCAAGACUCGAAUCCGAGACCUUCGUUAAGGAGCAAAAGACCCUUAACUUGUUAACCUCAAUUGGGGUUAAGGUCGCAACUUUCACAAGGUGUAAACUAUUUUUCUUUACAAGGAAGAAAUUUCGCAUCUUCCUCUGUAAUCCCUUACCUUCUUUUUCCAUCCAAGUAUUGUCUGCUGAAACAAACAGAACAUUAGUUUUUCUCUUUUUUUUCUUCUCAUUAUAUCAGUACUGUCAAUUAUGUUAAUGUACUGUAUGCCCGCUCUUUUGGUUACAUUUUGCUUAACGUAUCAUUUCAACUCAA